UUGUAUCUUGCGUGUUUUUGUUAUUGUGUGUAAAAAUAUUAUCAGUCUAAGUUUCCUGUAUUAUCGAUUUAUCGUUUAUUAAUUUUUGGAAAAACAAUAAAGAAUAGGUUUACGAAAUACGAAUUGCAAAUGUGAGUGAAAUAAGUGGAUUGCUAAAUUUACUAUCGAAAGUCAUUGUGAAUAAUCAAUUGCUUACACAUUUUAUUUGCUAUUGUGCUUGUAUUAUGUAAUGUAAGGAUGUGAUCUAUUCGUUUUAAUAAUACAACAACAUUCAUAUACAUUUAAUAUUGUGUUGUGUAAAUCAGUGAAAUAAAUAAACAUUGUAAGUAACGACACGUGGGUCUCAGUGAAUUAAAAUCGAUAAAGACGUAAGCGUGCGCUAGUCUAUCAACGAGACGAUUCUACGUCAAGGUCACUUCGCACAACACGUGCAAUGUCGGAUUCUAUUUACACUCAUGACUUUCUUUUAGAACCGAGUUUAGAGAUAAAACAGGAGUCACCCUUCGAAUUGGGCGCAAUGUCAGCAUCAGUACCAAUUCCAAAUAGGCGAUCAGAACUCGGUGACUUCAAUGGAGACAUAGACUUGUGCUUACAAGACAAUCAAGUUGGGUCCUUUCACAGUGUUCCUACACUGUCAUAUAAUAAACUAUCAUUUGAAGCGGACUCCUCAAAAAUGGAACCGUUCAAAAUGGAAGACGACGAUAUAUUUCAAGUAGACAAAGCUGAUUUAAUUUUAGGACCUACUCUGGCAGAGUUAAAUGCAAAUCCAGAUACUUCUUUGGAUGAUCUGAACUUCGAUGACUUACUGUUACCAGAGGAAAGUGGAUACUGUAUACAAAUUGGUGGGGCCAUGAGCGGUUCAAAACGUAUUGCAAAUACACAACAAAGUACCAGCAUAAUGGCCACAGACAGCCCAUGUAGUCCAUAUAACCGUGCCCAACUUGCCUUUUCUCCUUCAAGUCAGCAUAGCUCAGCUUCAUCAAGUUUUGUUCCACCAAUUAAUCAGUUACCAGAAUUGCUGCUUCGUAUGGAUGGUUACAGUGGUGAAAUUGCUUUGGGCCAAUCAGUACCUGCGUCUUCGGUUUUGCCACCUUUUCCCCCAAGUGUGAAAGCACAACAGACACAACUAUCAUCUUCUGCUCCUACACAUUUGACUAUGGAACAGAUAUGGCAGCGACGAGAACCUCGAAAGCAUUUACUCUCUACAAGUUCCCUAGCAGAAGCUGGUUCUGUUUCAUCACUUUCUGGUGGUUUACUCAGUCCAGGAACUGGUGACUUCUCACAAGAUGAUGAAGAUGAUAGAGACAUUGAAUCAGAUGAAGACAGUGACAGAUAUGAGGAUCUCUCUUCUGAUGAUUCAAAUGACGACUGUCCAGAGAGGAAGGAAGCUAGGCUCGCAAAAAAGGAAAAGUACUUUUGGCAGUACAAUGUACAAGCUAAAGGACCUAAAGGACAGCGAUUGAUAUUGAAGAAAAAGUUGGAGGACCCACAUGUAUUAAAUUCCGUUACAGAUCCAGUAUUCAGCCCAAAUUGCAAUGUGAAAGGCAUUAAACAUAGUGGAAAAGCAAGAAAAGGUGAUGGCAACGACCUAACACCAAAUCCAAGAAAACUGUAUCUGAUUGGGUUAGAGUUGGAUAAAUUGGGUAAAAUAAUCAAUGAUAUGAUCCCAGUUAGUGAGUUGCCAUUCAAUGUUAGACCAAAAACAAGGAAGGAAAAGAACAAACUAGCAUCAAGAGCAUGCAGAUUAAAGAAAAAAGCACAACAUGAAGCAAAUAAAUUAAAAUUGUAUGGAUUACAGCAAGAACACCGACGGCUACUGAGUGGAAUCAAUCAAAUGAAACAAAUUGUUUGUAAUAGGGUAACCAAUCCAGAAAAUAAUGUAGAUUGGUCCUCACACAUCAAUGGCUUAGUUGCUACAGCAACAGAGGUGAAAAUAGCUGGGAAAACUUCUGAGUUUGUAAAUAUGAUAUUGGACAAUGUUAAAUCAGGACAAAAUAAUGGUGGUUUAAACGACAUAUGAAGGUAUUGUACAGAUUUACGAAUAUUAAAACGAAAGGCUGUUUUAUGUACCUCCAAAGUUAUUUAGAUAAAUGUCUGUCGUAUAAAAGCUUAAUUGUCAAAGACAAUUUAAUUUUUGUAUAAAUUGAAUAUAGCUAUAGAAAUUACAUACCACAAGGCAACUUACAUGAAUAUUGAAAUAAUUCUCAUAAUAUGUUUAAUUUUAAGAACAUAUUUUAAGUGUUGUCAAAAUUAUGAAAGUUCUAUGUUUAUCAUUAUAAAAAAGGGUUUAUUAAAUGAUUAAAAUAUUAUCCAAACAUUACGAAAGUCAUUAUAAUUAAAAUUUUAUGUAACUAUAUCAUAAAAGUUUAUUGUAUUCUUAGCAAUGAUUUAGCCAUACAAUUACAAAUAUCAAGUAAUAUUUAGUAGAUUUGAAGCCAUAUGUACAGUUUAAUGAAAUAAUCUUUUCUACAUAUCUCUUCAACAUCUAGGCUUAGAUUUGCCAUUGUAUUAUUUUUAUGAUUGGCACACGAUGUUAUAUGUAUGUAUAUGUGUUGAAAUUAAAUAAUCAAUCAAUUUUUAGUUUUGGCAUGUAGUCUCAGUUUAAAGAAAUUAUUGUCUAAUAUAUCUAAAAACACAGAUAAAAGACCAUCAAAAAUCAAAGCUCCACUCAUUAACUUAAAUACAAAGCGCCAUGUUAGUGCUUUAUUAUCCAUAUAAAAAAUCGCUAUAAACUUAGCUUUAAUUUCAAAUUUGAAUCAGUUUGGUUUCGAAUCAAUUUUUUUUCAUAUGCCCACGCAACUUUCACAAUGGCUCAGCCCAUACAAUAGUGGUAUAGGUUUUACAGUUAUGGGAACAUAAUAUCAAAACAUACCUAAACAUAUGCAAGUGCAAAACAAAUGGCCUUAUGACUGCCUCAUUUCAGGCAGUUCUUGAAUAGACCAAAUAAUUAUUAUCACAUGAUAUUUUACGACCAAGAUAAGGGAAGGUGUAGAAAUUGACUUAAAUAUGUAAUUCGAAAGUAAAAACAUAUUUAUCAAUUUAUAGAAAUUUACCCUUAUACCCUGGAAAACAGCUUAUAGACAUGGCUCAAGAGGGAAACAGGUCUGUAGUUUUUCAAAAAGGUUUUGUCUCCUUUUUUGAAGAACAUUACGACAACAAGAGUGUUGUCUCCACGCCUUUGGAGUUCUAUCCGAAAAUAUGACAGCAUUAAAUAUUCGUUAGAGCUGCGCUAGUAAAGGUUUUCCAGCUGCUUUUAGUAGCUCCGUCGUAAUUCCAUUUUUUCCGGGGGCUUUUCCAUUUUUAGCCAUCACGAUUUCGUCUUGGCUUACUUCUGGCAGCUCUUCUGUGAAAGGUGCUAAAGUGGCUCUAGGAUCUCCCGGGUCGGGUUGAGAACGAGGCGCUACCUAUAUAUAUAAUUUACCGAAGAAGUCCUGAACUUCCGUAAGAAUCUUGAGCUUAGAAGCGACGACUUUUCCCUUUGAAGUGGUCAACUUCGUCAGAUGGCUUCGACCUAGUUGUCGAAUGAAGACUUGCGACCUUCGAUUUCGCUCGAUCGCUUCUUUUAUAGAGCAUGUAUUAGAGUUUCGGAGGUCACGUCACGGAGCUUUGAUAUUUUUAUAUUAAGAUCUGACGAAGUGGCUAAGGUUUUAACGUCGUUUUCGCAUUAGCUCUACAGACUCUCCCAAAAGUUUGGACCUCUUGCCGGUGUUUUGGACUUAAUAGAAUUUCCUUUCCUCAUUCAUAGGGAUACCCACCACUUAGUCGGGUUCUUGGUUGAUGUCAACGUCAAUGUUGGUUUCCAAGGAAGCGAAUCGAUUUUCCAGGUUUCACUGAAACGGAAUAGACUCCACUGCUAGGAGCAGUUUUGGUUGAAGUGUAGACCUCAUUAGACGAGCACUCGAGCUUGUAGUCAAUAUUUAGAGUACUUCGUACAAGUCGGUGAUCACUUCCGAUAUUAAACCUUGUGAUCACAGAGACAUCUCUAAAUAUUCGCCUCUUGUCCGUCAUAAUAAAGUCAAUCUCGUUUUUAAUCAUAGCGUCUGGCCUUCGCCACGUCCACUUCUGUUGAGGCUGUUACUUAAAGAAAGAGUUCAUCAAGAACAGACCCUUUUUCUUCAGAAUGUUGACGAGCAUUUGCCCCCUAUGAUUCCUGCUUCCAUAUCCGUGUUAUCCUACUACCGAUUCGUUGCUAGAAUGUACUCCCACUUGAGCGUUAAAGUCCCCCAUGACAUCAUUGAAGUGGGCCUUUUGGGUGGUGUGCAAUGCCUUAGAAAUGUCUUCGUACAUUUCUUCCACUUCAUUAUCCGAGAGUGUCGAAGUCGGUGCGUAAAGUAUACACAUAACCUUGAAGCUAUACCUCUUGGCGAGUCUGAUCACAAGAUACGCUACCCUUCGGGACAUACUGGAGAUUUCUAAGAUGUUGUCAAAGAGAGCCUUGUGGAUCAAGAACCCACCUUGGGAUGGUUGGUCUCCCACUCUGAAGUACAUAAGAUGGCCUGAUUUAAAGGUUACGGUAUCCUCUCCCUUUCUUCGGAUUUCACAUAGCCCCAAUAUAUGCCACCUUAGUUUCCUCAGCACUUCUUCGAGCUGUGCCAGGUGAUCGUAGAGCCGUAGCGUGCGUCCGUUAUACGUAGCCAGGGUCAGUCGAUGUCGGCGGCCUACCGUAACCCGGGGAUUUAGGUAUCCCCCCUGCCCCGCCCUUACUAUGAGCGCCGCCUUGGCCAGGAACAGCGGGGCGACCGGGAACGAGGGGCCGUUGCGUAUAGGUAUGUGCCAUAGAAGGUUUUGCCCAUAAUCACCACGCUGGACAGGCGGGUUGGGGGUUUCUUACAUAAUUGAAAUGAAUAACUUCCAAAGUUUUUGGCAACCAAAGUUAUAUUUUGUUUUAACUUGUCACUAGACUUAUUGUUUACAGAAAACAAUUAAGUAAAAUAAUUAUUCAGUUUUUUUCUAUUAGGGGAAAAUAAAAGUGUUUUUUUUUAAUUAUUUGUUAUACUAUUUCUUUCGUCAUUCACUUUGUUGAUUUAUAUAACAUGGAAUUUAAAUCUAGUUGUAUAAAAUACGUUUACGCUAUUAGCCCUGACUAGGAACUGAAAUGAAAAACAUUAUUUAAGUUAUGAACUUAAAAAUAAAUUUUCUCAUUCAAUAGUGAUCAAACUGGCAGACUACAGAGCUCUGCGUUUUACUAAUAAUAUUUUUUUAUGCAUAUACAUAUUAAUUACUUAAGGUAGUUGUAUAAAUUGAUAUAAUAUUAUUAUUUUUUAUCUGUGCUGGCAAAACAGCAUAUUCUUUUGUGAUAUUAUAAUGUCACAUAAGAUUUAUAAAUGCCAAUAUAGACAUAGAAACUUUAAGAACAUAUUUAAAUAUUCUAUAUUCAAAACGAAUCUCCAAUAGCUCCAUCCAUGUUUCAUUUAUUAAUGAAACAAUAAACAUAUUUUAUAAAGCUAAUAAGAUAAUGGAAUUAUAUAAUUCGAUCGACUUCCACAAAAUAGUUUCAAAUUCUGUUUUUUUUUUCUUAUUAAAAUUAUAAAAAUAAUAAUUAACUGUUAAAUGAUAGAAUUCUAUUACAAGCCAUUUCUAUUUACUGUCCUCUACCAAUGUUUUUAUCUUCGGUUUUUCCAAUUUUAAAACAAUACAAAUUGAAUUUUUUUGUGGAAUGAAUAAAACUGCUAUAAUAAUUAUUACAAAUGCAGAUACAUGUUAGUAUAUCAUAGGCAUAAUUAUAAGUGAAAUUACCAUAGUUUUUGAGGUUUUUAAGAAAAGAGAAGCAUUGUAAAACAACAUUGAAAACUUAAUGUUGUUUUGACAUAGACAUAUUUAGUUAUUAAUAUUCACGUCUUUGAAUUAACUUGCUUGAAUAAAUUAAAAAUCAAGUAUAAAACAAAAUGUCUCCAUAUGUAUAUAAGUUACGAACAUAAAUAUUAAUAAACAAACAAAAGUGCUCGUAGAGAUAUUUUUGUUAUAAAUAUUUUUAUAUUUAAAUCACAGAAUAAUAUUUACGUGUGUCGAAAAGUGACACAUCCUUAAUUCGGGAUAAACCCCCUAUAAACAUAAACUUACAAGCUUAAACGAACCGUUACACCACGCAUUAGAAUAUCUUUAACACAUGUGGAUGAAGAAUCCAAAUGAGUACCUAUGCUAAAUGGGUGAGAGAAUCGCAAUGCCGCAAAAAAUAGCAAAAAAAUGGCAACAGUUUCACUGAUAUAAUUUUAUUGAUACCUUUAAUAUCAAGUAAAUUAAUACGAAUAUCAUCUAUAUCCAUUUCACUUCAUUGUAAUGCCUGGUAUUGCUUAAAUUGUGCAGUUAACAAUGAGCUGUAGGUAUCUUAACAAUUAAUAAAGUGACCUAAACAUGGCUUGAUCGUACAAAACAUUUAUGAAUAGUUGGAAAUAAUAUAAAAAUAUCGUGAUAAAUAUUAUUGAAAAAAAAAAAACUAUGUAUUUAGCAAUUUUGUUUUACUUUACUAAAUUAAUAUCUUUUGUUCUGUGUUAUAGUUUUUCAAUUACUUAAGUAUUACUGUAGUGGAUUUUGAAUUUUUAUUUGUUUGUUAUAUGUAUAUAUAUAUAUAUAUAUAUUAUUGUGGAAGGCCCUGCUCAUUUUUCUCCAAUUUACAUUGCAUACACUAAACAAAUUAAGAAACCUGAUUUUUACCAUCUUUUAAAUCAUUGAUUUCAAUAUGUACAAAUUAAUGGACCAGAGAUAUUUAAAAUGUGAUAAUUCAUCUUGUUCCAUUAUUAAAGCGUUUUAAUUAUUUAGCACACAUAUCAUCCGAAAAAAAUAUAGGCUUACGCAAUAAGACAUGGUAAAUGUAUUUAACGCAUGUGUAAAAUAGAUAUACAUAUUUACAAAAUCUAUAUUUACUAUUAUCAUUGCAUAUGAAUCCAUAAUAAAUAUUAGUUUUAGAAGUCUAAAGUCUUUAUAUGAAAUAUUGUUAAUUAAGUACUGUCAUUACUGUUUUAUUAAUAUUCACAAUAUAUAAAGUUUUCUGAUAUUUGCAAAUUUAUAUGUAUGUAUUUAUUAGUUGUAUGGUAAUAAAUAUUUUGAUCACACAAUUGGGCUAGUUCCUGCUGUGAUAGAAAUAUUCGGACUCAAUAACUGUAUUAAGCCACAUUAAUAUUUUAUACAUGAGGAUAAUUAAUAAAUAAAUUGAGCCAUUGAGGAAAGAGAAAUUGAGGUUGGCGUGGUUGGUGGAUGCUUGCCUUUC